CACAGAAGUUGUGUCCAUGGUGGGGUAAUUGUGUUUACUAUUGCCUACAAACAAUUUGCUCUUUUGCGUGCUUCGUUAAGCCCCUUUUAGGAGAGUCGCAGAGUGCUUCUUUUGGCAAGUACCCCACACUUUUCCAUCUCUGGCAGGUUCAACUGAGAUUGUAAUGGAAUAUAAUUAUUAUUACACAGACCAUGGGCUUGUCAUUUUAGCAAAGGGGUAAAGUAAAGAGUAAAGAUGUAAAAAUGCUGUCGAAGGUGGGAAAAAUGUUAUGUCCACGGAUACAAUUCUCUUUUAAACUUGCUAUUCCUUCCACCCUUCUCUCUUCCUCUUCUCCACUUCUGCCCACUUCAUUCAGCUUUCCUCAUCUCAUUCAUCUUUUCUCAUCUCCUUUUCUCUCUCAUUCAACCCAUUAAACCUAUAGUAUUUAUCUAUACCUAUUUUAUUGUGUUUUAUUAUAUUUUAUUUUAAUUGCACUCACAUAAAAGCUGAUUCAAUAUGGACGACCUAAGACCAUUGCCAUUGACGCAAGUAGCGCCAUCACUGCCGUGCAGUAGUAGAACCACGACCAGCGUAGGCACCAGUCUUAAACUUACACCUUUGGACCUACCUGAGAUUCUGACCCGUAUUUGCCAAUUCAUCCCUUUAUGGUCAGGGGAAGGAUUCCAUCGUGAAUUUCAACCUCUGUCUCUUCUUCGUUGCUCAGAAGUCUCACGCGCGUUUCGCCAAACUUGUCUGCCCAUCUUAUGGUUUGUCUAUGAUGGCUUCCGGAUGCGGAACGUUCCUGCCGCCAUUUUAACCAAAUACUCUCAUCUCUUCCGAAUCAUCUCCAACACUGGGCCUUUCAAGGGCCCAUUUCGUUGUAACAAUUUGAUCGAGUUAUCAACUGUAUAUGGCCAAGAGUGGUCUCGAGAGCUACUAGUGACCAACCCUGGCCUGAAACGACUUGUCUGGGGUGGACCAUACCAUCGUCGAAUCGAGACUCUGGAACAACAACAGGAAUGGGAGUUGGAAUUGAAAGCAUUGAUGGGCCUUGGAAAUUUGGAUGUCUUGACAACAUCGGGUUUUAGUCUUGGAGAGGGUAUCUUUGUCAAAGUAUUAAGGAACAAUGCCAGCAAAUUAUCGAACUUACAACUGUCUUCGGCUGUGGAAGGAGUUACCUCAAUCGAAGGAUUGGAAUUACCUCAUCUAACAGAAUUACAUAUCGCUUUUGGAGGAACUGAAAGUCCAGCCCUGGUGGACCUUGUCAGAUGUUGUCCCCGACUCCAAAGAUUGUCCCUUACAGGGUCGAGGACGAGAUCUCCUGUGGCAACGCCAGCUCCAUUGAAUGUAGCAUACAUAGGCCAUCAUUCCCAUAAUAAUGGCACCGGUCACAUGAACAUGAACAUGAACAGUAGCAAAGAAUUUCAAAUCGAGCGACUUUCUCAGAACAUUCAAGAGUUCUGUCCAGAAUUAAGCAGCAUCAAAUUCACGUCCAAUCACUCCAGCGGCAGCAGCACAGGCAUGAGCAUAGGUGGUAGUUUGCAACAUUCUCAUUCUGGAGUCCAUAUGAACCAAUGUUUCCUACAUGACCACGAAUUGGCAGCCUUGGUCAACGCCUGUCGCCAUCUUGAAUCUUUCUCUGCAGACAUGGCCACACUCAACUAUGCCCUCGCACAAGCCCUUAAAGGACAACAACGUUCUUUACAGUCCUUGACCCUAUCAUUCUAUCCCUCUGUAUCCUCUGACCCAACUGGGUCUGAUCGUGUUAGAGAAGUUCAUUGUGUUCGACAACUCAAAGCUUCGUUGAGGCAAUUGAAGGAGCUCAGCUUGUCUUGGAAUCAUGGGUUGAUGAUCAAUACCAUCUCCAUGGAGGAUCUAGUAGAGGAAAUCCUUCUCUUCCUAGAAGAGCCAUGGGCUUGUUCUAGUCUCGAAACCCUCAGUAUCAAUGGCAUGAUCGAGCCAGUCGCCCUUCCUUCGUCUUUACCGUCAUCACCAGCAGCAGCAGCAACGAGAACGACAGAUUUUGUUGGCAGGGCUGGAGCUGGAGCUGGAGCCGGAUAUGAAACUAAAACACCGAUUGAAUGCUUACGACAGUUUUCAAGGAGCCACAGCAAUGGCAGUCUCCAUAACGGCCUCAAUGGAAGCGCCCAAAAUGGUGCCUUUUUUAACAACAGCAUUAGCAAUGCAGACACAGAAUUGGUGAUACAAAGUCUUUCGUUAUCGUCUUUAGACCUUUCCUCACUGACGAAAUUAAGGAACCUUAAUUUAGAUCAUGCAAGCUACGAACGUAAAACAAUGGAAAAACAGGCAAUAGCAACACUGUCAUCGUCGUCAUCAUAAAUAAUCGCCUCCAUCAACACUAACAUUCAUUACCAUCAUUUUUGAUGGCUUCUAAAAUCCUUUUUUAAGACAUCUGACAGAAAUGUGAGAAAACAAUGCAAAACAAUAAUACAUGGGUUACAAUUUUCCGUAAUUCUCAUAACAUAUAUAAACUUAAUAAACAGC